AUGAAGGUCAUUCUGGUCGCCAGUGUACUGGCGUGGGUAGGCGCUACAGUCGCAGCACCCGGCUAUACCAGGCGCCGGCGAGCCGAUGAAUUGAGUCUACGUCGCACCAGUCUCCCUCAAUUUCUUGACAGCGAACGCAGCUCGCUGCUAGUCGAUAAUAGCACUCAUGCCGAGUAUACCACGAAUUGGGCUGGCGCUGUCAUGAUCGGGAGCGGAUACACGACUGUAUCUGGCACGAUCGUGGUCCCAAAGCCUUCAAUUCCACUAGGGGGUAGUAGCACAAGGACAUACUCUGCGUCUGCGUGGGUUGGCAUUGAUGGCAGUACAUGCCAGACUGCUAUCUUGCAGACGGGCGUUGACUUCAGCACGAAGGGCAAGACGGUUACAUAUGAGGGCUGGUAUGAGUGGUAUCCUGAUUAUUCAUAUAAGUUUCCCAACUUCAAGAUAUCGGGUGGUGAUACCGUCACGAUGACAGCAACCGUGACGAGCAAGAACGGCGGCAGCGUGACCCUCGAGAACAAGACAACAGGGCAAUCGGUAACGCAUGUCUUCACUAACCAGCUUGGGAAUCUCUGCCAGACCAAUGCCGAAUGGAUUGUCGAGGAUUUCUCCCAGGGAAACGUCCUCGUCCCGUUCGCCGACUUUGGCACCGUCGUCUUUACGAACGCGAGCGCCAAUGGCGUUACACAGCUCGACAAGGCUCUAAUUUACGACAUAAAGCAGGGUAACAAGGUGUAUACCAGCUGCUCGACGUCGAGUUCAAGCUCUGUUACGUGUUCGUACGUUGGAUAG